AUAAACUAUAGGGAGAGAUAUCAAUGAAGAAAAAUGAAGAUUUGGAAACAUAAAUAUUUCUCAUUCAUUAGUUGCAGGGCAACCUCUGCAUCAUUCAUGGCUUCCCGAGAGAGAAAACCCAUCAUCCUUUCCUCCUCUUUUCUUCUUCUUCUUCUUCCAACUUUGGCAGCAAAUCCAUACUCCAUAUGGUCUCAAAGCUUCGACUCCUUCAACUACUCUGUGAUCUCGGAAUUCGCCUUCCUGCACAACGCAACGAUCAACCAAGGAGUUCUUCUUGUAACGCCUGAUAACUUUGGAAAUAGCCUCGGUGAGCCGUACCAGUCGGGAAGAGUCAUGCUCAAGAAGCCCUUCAGGCUAUGGAAGAAUAAGAGUUCCUCUGCCUCUUCGAAAACUGUAGCUUCCUUCAACUCCACCUUUGUUUUCAACACCUUUCGCUUGGGUCGACCAGAGAGCGAAGGCCUGGCUUUCAUGAUUGCCCUUGAUUUCGAAAUCCCAACAAAUAGCGAUGGGCAGUGGCUCGGUCUCACCAAUUCCACACUUGACACGAAUCCUGUUAACCAGUUUAUUGCGAUAGAGUUCGACACUGCUAAACAAAGCUUUGAUCCUGACGACAAUCACGUUGGGGUCGUUGUGAACAGUGUUAUUUCGAUCAAGACUGCCUCACUUACGCCUCUCGGUCUGAAUUUGACAGAGGAAAAUGGUGCGAGUUUCAUAGCUUGGGUUGAGUAUGACGGCUCAAAUCGAUCAAUAAAAGUUUUUGUAGAGAAGGAAGCAAAGGGAGUGAAGCCUGAGACUCCAGUGCUUUCCUACGACAUAGACGUAUCGAAAUAUAUCAGCGAAACUUCAUAUUUUGGGUUCUCGGCUUCGACUGGAGAGAGCGCAGAGCUCAACUGCGUGCUAAAGUGGGAGAUAUCUGUCGAUGAAUUGCCUGAAGGGGCUUCUUGGAUUAAGAGGGGGAUGGUUAUUGGAAUUUCAUGUUUUUUUGUUCUGAUAUUCAUUGGAUUAUUGGGGAUUUUUAUUCACAGGAGGAGGAAGAGAUUUGUGAAAAUUGAAGAGAGAAGUUUUAAGAGCACGUUGAAGAGGCUUCCAGGAAUGCCAAGGGAGUUUGGGUUUGGGGAAUUGAAGGAAGCGACGGGUGGUUUUGCGGAGGAGUUGAAGCUUGGGCAGGGUGGGUUUGGGAGUGUUUACAGAGGGGUUUUGAAGAGAGAGGGAGAGCAAGAGAUGGUAAUGGCGGUGAAGAAGUUUUCGAGAGAGGCCACGCAAGGGAGAAACGACUUCUUGGCCGAGCUCUCAGUUAUCAAUCGCCUGCGCCACAAGAACCUCGUCAAAUUACAAGGAUGGGGUCACAGAAAAGGAAUGCUUCUCUUGGUUUAUGAUUGCAUGCCCAACGGAAGCCUAGACAAACAUUUACAUGGGCAUGGCUCCUGCCUAAGCUGGGAUCAAAGGUACAAAAUCCUUAGCAAUGUUGCCUCGGCAUUGCACUACCUCCAUGAUGAGUAUGACCACAAGGUAUUGCACCGUGACCUCAAGGCAAGCAACAUCAUGCUCGAUUCCGACUUCAAUGCACGUCUCGGUGACUUCGGUCUCGCUCGCAUACUUGACCAAGAGAAAACCUCAUAUGUGGAGGCAAAUGGUGUUCCUGACACUCUAGGGUACAUAGCACCUGAGUGCUUUAGUACUGGUAAGGCCACACGUGAGUCUGAUGUCUUUGGCUUUGGAGCUGUAAUCCUUGAGGUGGUGUGCGGUCGUCGCCCCUGUCACACCACACUCGUGGACCAUGUUUGGGCCUUGUAUAGAGAAGGACGUGUCCUAGAAGUAGUCGAUCAUCGACUGCACGGAAAAUAUGACCAAGAUGAUGCUCGACGGUUACUACAUCUAGGUCUUGCAUGCUCCCAUACUAAGCCCACAGAGAGACCUAGGACUGAGACUAUAGCUCAGGUUAUUGCUCGGUCGGUGCCGCCUCCUUAUGUCCCACCAUUUAGGCCACUACUUGAAUUGGAUGCCGGUUCAUCGACUGCAACCAGCACCAAUGGUUCCCUCUCGACCACUCAUCAAAUCAGCAGAGAGCACCACAGCACAAAAGUAAGAACUUAACUUCGAAGUCAAAGUCCAGGUGCUUUAAAUUAAUGAUGUAAGUACUUUACUUGGAAUGGAGUAUGGAAUUUGUUUUACCUCUUGUGGCAGGAUGAUUAUUUCCACUAAAAAAGAGACCACAAGGCAUAGGAACUAGCUGCAAGUAGGUAUGGGAAAUCGGUCGAGUUGACCCUCGGAUCCAACGGAUUGACCCGAUCACCCCACAUUUUACUGGAUUUGGAUUCAAAUAGUGAACCCAACAAGUUGGGUUUGGGUCCACUUGAACUUGAUCCUAACC